AUGUCCGAUUCAUCCACUUUCAAGCAGCUCAACGUCGCCGUCCUGGGAGGCGGUAUCGGCGGCUUCUCCACCGCGCUUGCCCUCCGUCGCGCAGGUCACAAGUGCACCGUGUAUGAGCGACGUGGCUUCGACGUCGAGGUGGGCGCCUCCAUCUCUUGCGCUGCCAAUGGUACACAAUGGCUGCACGACUGGAAUGUCGAUGUCCCCUCUGGUCGACCGGUCAUUCUCAUGGAGUUGACCAUGCGCGACUGGGACACGGGCGAGAUCCUCAAUCAGUACCAUCUCGAUGACUACGAAAAGACAUGGGGCAACGUCUACAACAUGUUCCACCGUCAGGAUAUGCACAAAAUGCUCAUGGACACUGCUACUGCCGACCAAGGUGAAGGCACGCCCGUCGAGAUCGUCAUGGACCACAUCGCCGAGGAUGUCGACACAGAGAGUGGCACCAUCACCUUCCGCAACGGCAACAAGGUCACCGCCGACCUUAUCGUUGGCUCCGACGGUAUCCGAUCCAAGGCUCGAGUAGCCAUCGGUGUCACUCCAGACGUCAAGUCGGCUCCCCAAACUUGCUACCGUUGCAACGUCAGCAAGGACGAGGUCGAGCGACUUGGUCUCACUUGGGCUGCCGAUCCUGCCAUUCAGUUCUGGGGCGGCUAUCCCAAAGGCGACCUGAACCAAUACUACAAAAUCGUCAUGAGCCCAUGUGCAGGUGGUGACAUCGUCUCGUUCUACUGCUUCAUGCCCACCGAACUCACAAAACACCAAUCGGAGGGUUUCGUGUUUGAAGAGGUGCCACCCGAGGAAAUCUUGGCAGGCGACUAUUCACGACUCGACCCACUCUGCGUCAAGCUCAUCCAAAACUCAGUCGAGCGCAAGCCGUGGCGACUGUACGUCCAUCAGCCUUACUCGCACUGGUACAAGAAGCAGACUUGCAUCCUCGGCGAUGCUGCUCAUCCAAUGAUGCCUCACCAGUCUCAAGGUGCUUGCCAGGCCAUCGAGGACGCGGCCGCCCUCGGUGUCAUCUUUUCCAAAGAGUACAACUUUACCACCAACGUCGAGGCAGGUCUCAAGCUCUACCAGGAUAUCCGUAAACCGCGUGCCACGCGUGUUCAACAGGCAUCCGCUGCUGCUCUCGAAAACCUCAACGAGCGAAUCGGCUUUUCCUCGCUCAGCGCGCCGGAUGCCGCCCUUGCGGCAAAGGAGAACAAGUUGACCGUCAACGAGAUGAACACCUACGACAUGAAGAAGCACAUCCGCGAGACUGUGUAUCCCGCCCAAAAGACCGCAAGCGCGUCCAACAGCGCUGUCAACCCAAAUCAUGUUUCAACAAGUUCGACAGCCAUCGCUGCCGAUGCAUAA